AGUUAAUCCUGUACCUCCCAUAAAUGAAUUAAUCCCCAUUAAACUAUUGUGUCUGACUUGCAUCAUCACCUUCGUCACUCAGCCCUUAUUAUUAUGUUUCCGUCCUGCCAAAAUUGCCAAAUGGGAUCUUUUUACACUUUUGUUUUUCUUUUCACGGGAGGGUUUGCGGGGGUUACAUUCCCUUUCCACUACUCAGAAUCAGUCGUGUAAUGCAAUUCUUCAUCCUAGCUAAGCUUUGCUAUGCUAUUUAAUUCAUACAGAACCAUUCCCAUGCAAGCCAAGCAAGUCAUUUGGUGUAGAUUAAUGGGGAGCAACAAUUUCAUCGCGGAUAUUAAUCCAGAUUCCAUGGAGAUGGAGACCAUGAUGGAAAGUCGACCAAGUGAUAAUAUCAAUAUCUCCAAGAAAAAUUCCACUGCUCCUCAAAAUAUAUAUCAUCAGAUCUUCGCCGGUUCCUGGAAUGUUGGAGGUGUUUCACCUCCCGAGGUUUUGGACAUACAAGAGUGGCUCAGACCGAAUCAUAUUAACCCUCCUGCUAAUAUCUACGUUCUUGGGUUUCAAGAGAUUGUGCCACUGAAUGCAGCAAAUAUUGUUGUAAGAUCUGAAAACCGCAAGAUUUGCGAGAAAUGGAAUUCAUUGAUUAGGGCAGCUCUUAAUGACCCUGACCCUAAGAAUAAUAUUACACAAGACUUCCGAUGCAUAAUUAGUAAGCAAAUGGUCGGAAUAUUGUUAUCUGUUUGGGUUAGGAGUGAUCUCUGCCAAUACAUUAGACAGCUCAGUGUCUCAUGUGUUGGCUGUGGUCUCAUGGGUUGCCUAGGGAACAAGGGUUCGGUGUCAGUUAGAUUUUGGCUGCAUGAAACAAGCUUUUGCUUUGUGUGUAGUCAUCUUGCUUCCGGAGGAAAAGAAGGUGAUCAACGACGCAGAAACGCAAACGCAGCUGAGAUUUUAUCUCGCACAACCUUUCCUCCCGGGCCCUUCCCUAAUUUCACCACUAAAAUUCUUGAUCACGAUAGGGUGAUCUGGCUUGGAGACUUGAACUAUAGAAUCUACUUGCCUGACGCCACAACGCAGUAUCUUGUGGAGAAGCAAAAGUGGAACCUUUUGUUGGAAUAUGAUCAGCUAAAGGUGGAACUCAUGGAAGGACAUGUAUUCGAAGGUUGGCAUGAAGGAGUAAUAAACUUCGCCCCUAGCUACAAAUAUUACAAGAAUUCGGAACUUUACUUUGGCUGCGAUGAGAAGAGAAAACACAAUAAAAGGCGUGCUCCAGCAUGGUGUGAUCGAAUCAUAUGGUUCGGGAAGGGACUAAAGCAAAACCAGUAUGACAGAGGCGAAUUGAAGUUGUCGGACCAUAGACCUGUCCGGGCGAUUUUUAUGGCAGAAAUUAAGGUCUUAAGAGAUCCUACAGGAUUUCAAAGCUUUCUGUCAGACAGAAUUAUUUGCUUGCCAAACCAUUUUGAAGAAUGUUUCAAUGACAAAUAUUCAUGUAAAUGGAGAUCAAACUUCCAUUAUUGAGCAUAAACUGCAAUUACUAUGCUUUGAUCACAAGAAGAUCCAAAAUAAUAUCUACCAAAGGAAGUAGUUUCUUUUUACAUAGUACUAUUUGCUGCUGAUUUUGUACAGCUGAGCGAAAAAAAAAUGUAUGCUAGUGAUUCUGUGAGUUCAAGAGUAAUAAUACUGAACGUAGUGCUGCA